AUGACUAUGAUUCAAAAUAUUUUUACUCGACCAAGUGUCUUUGAUGGGAGUUUACCAAUAUCCAUGGUGGAAGAUGUCACUGGGCUUCACCCUUAUCAGUUUUGGAUAAAUGUGCAGUACAGCAUCUUUUUUAAAGAACACAAACAGGAUGUAGCAACCUACAUUACAACAGCAUCAGAACAGAUGGUUAUUGACUAUAUCUCUUCUCCAGAAAUAGCAUUCCUGAAGAGUCUGAGUGGGAAGCUUAGAAGUGGCAAGACAAAGCUCAUAUUCCGAUUCUUAGAAGUGGAUGAUGUGGAACCUUCCGCUAAACAAACAUAUAAAGCUCUCCUAACUGAUCUUUCCACUAUCAAGUCAUUUGCUUCUGGGAUUCUUGUUCCCAAAAGCUACAUCUGGCCCGUUAACAAAGAUCAAUAUCUAGAGCCCCAUACUUCUUUGGUCACAGAUGCUCACAACCUGGGCCUAGAAGUUUAUGCAUCCAAUUUUGCAAAUGACAUGCCUGCAAGUUACAACUAUAGCUUUGAUCCGACUGCAGAGUACCUGCAGUUUAUUGACAACUCAAAUUUCUCUGUUGAUGGUGUGCUUACGGAUUUUCCUUCGACAGCAUCAGAAGCUGUGGCUUGUUUGGCACACAACAAGAACAACACACUGCCCACUGAAGGAAGACCGCUAAUUAUAACACACAAUGGUGCCAGUGGGGUCUUUGCGGGGUGCACUGAUCUUGCCUAUCAACAAGCAGCAGAAGAUGGUGCUGACAUACUUGACUGUUCAGUGCAGAUGUCAAAGGAUGGAGUAGUCUUCUGUUUGGAUUCAGCUGAUCUUAUGGGUCACACAACAGCAAUAAAAACGUUUAUGCCUCGAGCAACAGUAGUGCCUGAGAUACAAAAAGAAAAUGGAAUCUUUUCAUUUGACCUCACAUGGAGUGAGAUUCAGAGCUUGAAGCCGGAGUUGACAACCCCAUUAUCUCAGUCUGGCUUGGCAAGAAAUCCAGCAGCCAAAAAUCAGGGCAAGUUCAUGACACUGACCGACUUCUUGGAGUUUGCAAAAAAGAGCACAGUCGCUGGAGUUUUGAUCAACAUAGAGAAUGCUGGUUACCUCGUUUCAAAGAAAGGUCUUGGGAUCGUAGAAGCAGUCUCCACCGCAUUGACAAAUGCCAGUUACGACAAACUACCAAAAAAGCAAGUGUUAAUCCAGUCUGAUGAUACGGCAGUCCUCUCUGCAUUCAAGAAAAAUUCUGGCUACAAACGAGUACUCUAUGUUAAGGAGACAAUAAGUGAUGCUCCAAAGCCAACCGUUGAUGAGAUCAAACACUCUGCAGAUGCAGUUAACCUUCCUAGAUCAUCUAUUGUUGCUGACUCAGGCUUCUUCGUCUCUGCCUUCACUGGCGUGGUUGAUAAGAUGCAUGCAGCAAACAUAUCUGUUUAUGUUUCGGUCCUGAGGAACGAGUUCUUGGCAAUAGCAUUUGAUUACUUCUCGGACCCCAUGGUUGAGCUCGCUACCUAUGUUGCAGGUGUUCAAGUUGAUGGUGUUGUGACCGAGUUUCCAGCAACUCUGGCCGCAUACUUGAGGAGCCCAUGCUCUAACAUGAAUGCCAAAUUGCCCUACUCCAUCUUACCGGUUGAGCCUGGUAGUCUCCUCUCACUGGUUUCGCCUGAAGCAUUGCCUCCAGCCGAAGCCCCUGCGCCUGUUCUUGCGGUCGCCGACAUCCAAGAUCCACCACUGCCGCCGGUUGCAGAUCUUUCUGACAAGGCAUCAGUCACCGCUGCACCCCAGACUUCGCCACCACGGAGUGGACAGUCAGCGAUCGCCGUGAACGCAGCUCUUUCUCUUUUGAUAGUGAUGCUCAGCUUCGUUCAGCUGAGGUUUCUCUGAUAUGGUGCCUUCAUCUGAUUCAACUUGUGAAUGUUGGCUGUGUGUUCUCGAAUCGAUUGGAUUACUAAU